GUCUAAAAGCGAAUUAAGAAACAAAAAAAGUAGCGAAGCUAAAGUUGCAGCAGCAUUUAUUUUACACAGUUUUUUAUGUAAAAUUAAAUAAAAAUUAAUAUAUUAUCAACGAAUUUUAUGGUAAACAACCAGUUUAGCGAUUGAGUAAAGUAAAUCGAAAACGUUUUAGUACAAAAUUGUGGGGGAAAAGUGAAAGGAACGACGUAGCAGCACCACCAGUAGCAGUACGGAAAAAGUGGAUUAAGAAAACAACAAAAGAUUGUGCAGCGGAGGAGCUGAGUGCGUUGCAAAAGUAAGAUGUCGACAGGAAGGCCCAUUAAAUGUGUCGUCGUUGGCGACGGAACCGUCGGCAAGACAUGCAUGUUAAUUUCUUACACCACAGACAGUUUUCCCGGCGAAUAUGUGCCUACAGUCUUUGACAACUACUCUGCGCCCAUGACUGUGGAUACAAUACAAGUGUCGCUGGGUUUAUGGGAUACAGCGGGUCAAGAAGACUACGAUCGCCUACGUCCGCUCUCCUAUCCACAAACCGAUGUAUUUCUCAUAUGCUUCAGCGUGGCCAGUCCAUCCUCUUUUGAAAAUGUCACAUCGAAAUGGUAUCCUGAAAUAAAGCAUCACUGCCCGGAUGCACCGAUUAUAUUAGUCGGUACCAAAAUUGAUUUGCGCGAUGAUCGCGAAACGCUUAGUCAACUAGCCGAACAGGGUUUGGCACCGUUGAAACGUGAACAGGGUCAAAAGUUGGCGAAUAAAAUACGCGCCGUCAAAUACAUGGAAUGUUCGGCACUUACGCAAAGAGGAUUGAAACAAGUGUUUGAAGAAGCUGUGAGAGCUGUGCUCAGGCCAGAACCACAAAAGCGUCGUCAACGAAAGUGUAUAGUUAUGUAAGAUAUACAGCUUUGCUAUAGUGAAACAGAACAAAUAUUUAACAAAAGCAAACCACUCACUUACCUUACGGCAACCAACACACAAACACAAUCAAGGCGUCAACUCGUGUCUAAGAAAUCCAACUCGAAUAUUAAUUAACUAACUGAUAUAAGUUUAAAGUCGGCGAAUAUCAAAUGUGUAGGCAGCGACAGCUUGAGAAAUGUGUUGUGGUUUCAUACUUUUUUUAACUUUUUGAUUUUUUUCUUAAAAGUUAAUUUCUUCAAUAACUGCAAAAUUAGGAUUUUUUCGCUCUUCUUCAGUGGACAAUAUGCAUUUAUCAUAAUUUUUUUAGUUGCCAGCUUUUACUGUAGACAAUAGUUGUUAUAGCGCAGUUGUUCCAAAUGAAAAACUGCCCUAGCAUAAGGUUGUCUACACCUACAUAUAUUCAAACCAAGCAGCAGCUUAUUAACGUUGUGCAGCUAGCAUUUGUUUGGAAAAUUUCGCCUGCACCGCAGCGGCAACCAAACAAAUUUUAUUUUAAGUCUCAAAUUUAAUCAGCUGAUUACUCUUUGUUAUGAACUGUAACUGGACAAAAGAAAAUAGCUUAUCUAGUCAAUUGAGUAAUGAGUAAUGAGAAAAGCGAAAAAAAUAAAAUUAAAAAUUAAGUGAAAAGUUGAAGCAACAAUAACAGUAUAUAAAGUUGUUGUAUAAAGAAUUAAAGAAUAUUGAACAGAUGAGAAGUUGGUUGAGCGCAUUGUGGCGCAUACCGAAUUGAGCUUAGACAAAAGUAACAAAAACAAACUGUCACUAUGUGUUGUGACACAACAAAUUAUAGCACCCACUUUAGUUAAUACUCUAACUUUUAUUUUAAUAACUUUUUGUUUUUUGUUGUAGACACAUACAUACCUAUUUACAUUUGUAGCACGAAGCACAAAUGUACACUCUAUUAGUAAACUAUUAAAGGAAUUUAGUUUUGUUAAGCAUUAAAAAAAGAAAAAAAAGGUUUCUUUUACUUUAAAAUUUUUGACAGUAUGGUGACAGAUAUGCAAUGUUGCCACCAACCGCCGCUGCAUACAUCGUCCUCCAAGCCCUACGCUCACACAGCUGCAGCGGCAUUUUCUUUAGUAAGCUACAUUAUUCAUAUCAAUUUAUUUUUUUUUUACCAUUUUUAAUAUGUUGGCAAACAACAUAUAUAUUUAUGUAUGUAUAAACUAAUAUGUACGUCACAACUAAACAUUAACGACUGUUUAAUUUAAUAAUAUUUUUUAUUUUUAUAACAAAUACAUUUUCAUUUGCCAUUUUAACUAUUUAUUAUGUAUGCAUAAACAUUAUGAUUUAAUUAUUGCAAAACAGUUACUAUGUAGAAUGUGAAGAUAUAAUGUAAAAAAAAAGUUCGUUACCCGAAUUUUAUAAGUCCGAAAAAAAGUUAAUAAACGCUAAUAAAUAAAAUA